GAUGAGCUCAUCGUCAUUGGAUUCUCCCAAUACAAGUAGACGGAGGAGGGCCGAAUAUAUACCUGUUUCCCUGGAGGUAGUUCGAGCUAGGAUAAUGAGAGCUAUUUAUAAUGUUGAAAAGGAGUGCCAUAUAUUUUCGGAAAGAUAUUUAAGUGGGCCACCGCCUGAUACCGAAAAAUGGCUGGAUAGUAUGGAGAAGAUUGCAUCAAAUUCAGGAAAGAAACUAUCAGAGUUAGAAGACUAUAAAGACUUCGAACCGUUACAAUCAAAAUCAAGGGUUGAAACAAAAGAGUAUGGUCAAUUACGAACUAUGUGCGAGAGGGGGAGGGUAUAUGAAUAUAUUAGUUUUUCGCUGAAAAAUGACUUAUACGACGCCUACACUCACCAAUUGAAACCUUACUGUUUAAGCUUUUAUCAAGAAGCAGAGGGCUAUGACCUAAAGCCUAUAGACGAACAAGAAAGAAAAAUUUCUCAAUGGGAUAGUGAUAUAAGAGAAAGAUUCCAAGAACUCGAUUCUACACUUGAUGAGAUGGAUACAUAUGGUGCUCCUGGUCCCAUUACGAAAUAUAUCAAUAACUAUGAUCGAGUUUAUGAUCUAAUGAAGGAAAUAGUCGAACGCUUAAGAAGGGUUUGCGAACCAAUGAAAAGAUGGGUCACCUCGGAUGCGACUUAUACGAGGAAAAUUCAACAAGAAAUAAACAUGUAUAAUAAAAAGAAAUUGGAGUUGAGAGAUGUCCUAAAAGCUCUUGAAGCUGAACGAGAUCGUCUGGAGCUGAAAUCGAAAAGGAAGUCGCUGCAGGCGUCUAAAGUUGAGAGAUUUCUAACAGAAGCUAGGGACGAGAAACGUUACUUUAAGAGGAGGGAAUUAGAUGCUCGAGAACACAGGAAUAAUGUGGCUCGCGACAGGGAUAAUAAAUGGAGAGAUUUGGAGAAAUGUCGCCAUAAAAUGCAAACGAGAAAAGAAAAUUCGCCGACAGUUUUUAAUUAUUUAUCUUCUACAACGGAAAAUUUAAAAGAUGAAAUCAGAAGAUUAGACGGAAAAGGUGAAGUUAUUGAUACUCAAAUAACAACUCUUCAAGCGGAACAAGAUAGAAUUGAUAGGGAUAUUUUAAGAUUAAGAUCAGAACUAGAUACCGCUUUUAAAUCUCAGGAAAUAGCCGCUGGACAGUUAGAAAGACAAAAUCAGGAUAUGGAAUUGGUUCUCGCAGAUAUUCAAUUACACUCUAAUAGAGUAACCAUCCUAAAGCGUAUUCGAGAAUUAAAAUUACAUUCGGACACAGUAAAAAAGAUCUAUCACUAUGGAUACACGCCAGGCAUGCUGACUCACGAAAAGGACGAAUUGGAAGAGGCAUUUAAAUUGGCAUCGGAAGAUGUUGGUAAAGAUUGGGUUUGGCUUUAUCAUAAGCUACCAUUCGCACCGCCUAGAGAUUAUAGAUCAAGAUCACAAGAUCUAGAGGUGAUUGACCUAAGUAAUAGGCGUUUAGAUGGUGGAUUCAAGAUUCUAACAGUCAAAUGUUUAGAAAAGUGGCGUCGUCUGAGUAUGAAUGCAUCGGUUCCACUUCUCGUUUCAACGUUGAAAAAGAUAAAGAAAAGAGAGGCCGCUCGAAAAAUAGAACGCCAAUUAACUAAGUCGCCAAGUGUCACCAAUGAACAUCACGUUGUCGUAACGUGA